UCAGAGCCCUGUGGGGGGCAGUCGCGUACUAUCAGUUGCUCGUCCCCCGGAAAUGGCAGGAAAGGGUAGCGGCUACCACAAUAAAUACAUCCGCAACCCGUCUACCCAAACCGGGUUGAUGCCGACCUGGGCGAGGUUUGUUUUUUUUAUCAAAAUAAUGGUGGAGGACGAGUAACUUUGACGCUUUGGAGGCACGGGCUUUAUCGAGAUGUCGGGGCUGUAAAGAUGUUACUUCCGGACACUGUUGUUUAACGACGCCAAGGGCUAAACGGCUAGCUUGUUUGUUAACCUGCUAGCUGCUUGCUUGUCAUCAAAUUCUUUUGUCCUUUUUCCCGAAAAGGCUGUGGUUUAUACUGUCCGUUAGUAAAAACACCGCCACCAUAUUUGUAGGUUUUUGUGUCCUAUUUUAAUGUGACAUAUGCGUCGAGUCACAAUAAAUGGAUGACAUGGCGAUUGUAUCGGAAACUGUUUCAAAAUAAAACAAAUUAGCCUCGCAGGUUAUUGAUGGCGUCCUCAAAACCAGACCCCGUCAGCAAUGAGAACAAUUGUUCCAAAGAAAACACCAAUGAAGCAUCAGGCCAGAACUGUUUUUGCUUAGAUGACCUGGUGAACAUCGCCACUGUAGGUACAGGAACCUUUGGUCGUGUUUUUCUGGUACGGGAGAAAAAGAGCAGGACCUUCUAUGCCCUGAAGCAGAUGAAGAUCCCUGACGUGAUCCGCCUUAAGCAGGAGCAGCACGUCUACAAUGAGAAAGCUGUGCUGAAAGAAGUCAACCACCCCUUCCUCAUUCGACUGUUUUGGACGCACCACGAUGAAUGCUUCCUGUACAUGUUGAUGGAUUACGUGCCUGGCGGCGAACUCUUCAGCUACCUCCGCAACCGGGGCCGCUUCACCAACGCCACUGCUCUCUUCUACGCCUCGGAGAUUGUCUGUGCUAUCGAAUACAUCCACUCCAAAGACAUCGUGUACCGCGACCUCAAGCCGGAGAACAUCCUGCUGGACAGGGAAGGACAUAUCCGCCUGACCGACUUUGGCUUUGCCAAGAAGCUUUCAGAGAGAACCUGGACUCUGUGCGGCACUCCAGAGUAUCUUGCUCCCGAGGUCAUCCAGAGCAAAGGUCAUGGGCGUGCGGUGGACUGGUGGGCUCUCGGCAUCCUCAUCUUCGAAAUGUUGGCAGGGUAUCCACCUUUCUUUGAUGACAAUCCCUUUGGGAUCUACCAGAAAAUUCUGGCCGGAAAACUGGACUUUCCACGUCAUCUGGAUUUCUAUGUCAAAGACGUCAUCAAGAAGUUUCUGGUGGUUGAUCGAGGAAGAAGACUUGGCAACCUGAAGAACGGAGCAGAAGAUGUGAAGAAACACAAAUGGUUUAAGACUGUUGACUGGGAGACCGUUCCUCUGAGAAGAAUGAAGCCUCCCAUCGUUCCCAAAGUCUCCCAUGAAGGCGACACCACAAACUUUGAAGCAUACACCAACGACGAGUGGGAAAAAGAGCCGUCUGUUCCACAGAGAGACUUGGAAAUCUUCAGUAACUUCUGACACCCUCGCUUUUUCUUCAUAAUUUCAAAAAAAAAGUCUGUUAAAUCGUUGAUUCAUCUUUUACUUUGUUUUUUUUAGUAUCUUUUCUGAACAGAAAAAACGAGACUGUUAACUUUCCAGUUUGAACAAUCUUAUUCUUUUUUAAAUGUUUUAUAUUUUUGUCCUGUUCUGAUAGGAUGUAUUUCUUUGUGACCUCUGAACCCUGUGACUGUUAUCUGGCCAGAAGCGAGUACUCUGAGGAAUACUACUUUUAUUGUUUUAAGAAAGGCAACAAAGCGGUGCCUUAUGUUUUUUGCUACCAAUUUGGGGAAAUUUCACUUGAAAUUGUGAUUUUUUUUUUUACUUGUUGUCCAUUUGUGGCAUGUGUGGAAAAACUACAAAACCCACUGGUGAUCUUACAGAGUUUGUGGUUUUGAGGUGCUCUCGUCUCCUGCAAAAAAACCAUUUUUUUUUAAACGGUGAUGUCUAAAAGAAUGAAAAUGGAUGUUAAUUAUUCGGAUCAGAUUCGAAUACAGUUGACGUAUUUAUUCAAACUUCUAAAGGACAAACCCUAAUGAUUGGACUAGAAAAUAAACAUGCAACUGUGGAAGGGAAACACGGUCCCAUGCUUCUAUGUCAGCAUUUUUUUAACCAAUCUUUUUCAUAUUUGUAUUUUUAAUUACACUCGUCCUUUGCCAUGUUGCAGUUGGAAUUUCAUGACUUCACUACAUCACGGUUUUGACAAAAAUAUAUGACUAAAUCGUGCUGUACGUGGUUGAAUAUGGCCUAUUAGUCAAAACGUGCACAUUUUAAUCUUUAAAAAAGAAUCAAUUAAUAAGGAAGUCCGCCCCUCUGUGACAUCACAAAGGGACAGACUUCCUCAUAUGAGCGUGUCUGGAAGCCAUACUCUCUGCCUUUCCCCAAGCUCUGCUCCUCUGUUUAUUUGCUAGCACAGCCACAUUUGUUUACAAUUCCUAAAGACGCAACCAUCAGGCUCAAGUGAUCGGCGUUCCUGAUUCCCUACCAGAAAAAGAAAUGCAUUUUAAUCUGUCAACGGCAUAUCACACUGGACUGUUUAGUGAACAUGGGCAUUAAAAACGGAGGCACCUGAAAAAUACACCAGCAAAACAUACAAUAGACACACAAAGACACUCAAACUCCUUUGAAGUCUCUUAGUUUUGCAUCCUGACAAAACGUACCCGCCGAUAGAGGGACUGUAGGAGCCCUUGCAAGUGGUUGGUACCUCGGCUUUAACACCGCUCUCACCUGCGGAAAAGUGUUUUACAUUUCCAAACAAGUAAGUAUAACUUAUUAUGGUGUGAAAAAAACAUUUUUAUUGGGACAACAAAUUAGGAUGAUAUUGAAAUUCCUUACCAGCAAGUUUGUCAUAAUGGAGAAACAUUUACAAUAUCCAUCCUUUGAAAAAAAAAAAAAACACACCUACUUUUCAACCUUUUCAUCUCUUAAUCUGAGAAAAAAAACACUGCAGACAUUACGACAUAAAACAUUCCUAUUAUCACAACAGAAGUCCAAAAAUGACACCAGAAUGUGUGAAUACACAAGUUGAACAAUAACAACAUUCAGUACAAUAAAUGGUCAAGCUGGUAAAUUGUUUUGUCAUGGUUAAAAAAAAAAAGCCCAUCAAACUGAACAACAUAAAAGAAUCCAUGGAAGAGGUCGGCCUUGUGCAGACUCCCGUCUACGAUGUGCUGAGCAAGGUGCUGAAAGCUGAAAACGGAAUACAAAUACAACAUGCAUCAUCUGGAACAGUUCAGAUAACAUGAGCAACACAUGAAACAUUACAUCACACUCACUGGUCUAGAAGUGGCGAACACAUCUUAUCCCGGGCUGACAUGUAUUCAAUAUACAGUAAUCCCGUAUAUAUGACGGUUACUUGGGUCCAGACCUGACCCUGAUAAAAUGUUCUCCAAGUAGGAUUUCUUAUUUAUCAUGGUGAUAUGACCAUACACUCAUUAUGUCAUUGUAUGGUCAUAUCACCCAGUCACAUUUCAGUGU